CGAGCGUUAUCGGGACAGAAUGUCAACAGCGUUUAGCGAGGAGUCUACUACAGCUCUGUUGAACAAUGCCUGAUGUCACAUAAUAAUAGUAAUCGUACUAAUCAUAAUCAUUACGGCCAGUGUCUCGGUAGCUGAAGAGUAGCUGAAGCUGACGUGAGGAAGCGCAGGAUGUUGGUUUGUCUUUGAGCUCGGACUGCUGCUUUCCAUGUAUUACAAAGAGAAGUUGUGCCGCCGAGCUGUCGGGCCGCUGAGGAAGUCUGUCCACCUACCGACGAGUCGCUGACAGAACAAAGACUAUGUCGGCAACUAAAACAAAGAAAGUGAAAAUGGCUACCAAAUCCUGCCCCGACUGCGACCAACAGAUUCCAGUUGCUUGCAAGUCUUGCCCUUGUGGCUUUGUGUUCAUUAGCAGAAAGCUUCUCAAUGCCAAGUUGAAUGAGAGGACUUCUCCAGCUACAGCAGACAAGCUUGACCUGAAGCGGAGGAGAACAGAAAGGAUUCGCCGAGACCGGGUUGACUCUCCCUUGACGAAUGACAUGGAGAACAGGAGACGAUCCCGGUCCAACAGUCAAUCAGAUCCUAUCCGGAGAGGGCGAGGCAGACCUAAAACAGUGGGGCUUAAGAAGCAGGAAGAGGAGAAAGAGAAACAAGAGAAGGAUGUGGACAUCUACGCUAAUCUUUCUGAUGAGAAGGCGUUUGUGUUCUCUGUAGCCUUGGCUGAGAUCAACCGCAAGAUCAUCGGUCAGCGGCUCAUCUUGUAGAUGAAGACCACAGUGCCUGGGACACAGCACACACACAGGAGUUAUCACUGGGAAGCUUCCAGCUGCUCGGACAAAAUCACGUGGACAACCAAAGAGAGUGGUACUUGGUGGAGUUAAACUUUGACCUGGAUGUUGAUGAUGAUGACGAUGAUAUUAGGUUUGGGUAAUUUAGCACCAGAAGUCUUGGUUGUUGUCACUGAUUUGACAACAGCGAUUCCUGAUUCAACAUCUGCAUCCUGUUCAUCUUGUUCAGUGCACAUUCAGACCAGCAUAACCUUUCAUUGAUGAAGGCGUUCGUGCGGUGUGUUUCGUAAAGUGGUGUCAGGGAAAGGGGUGAUGAUGUCAUUUCCUUCCAUCAUUACAUGAGUAAGUUAGCAUGGUCCUUGACAUUAUUCAGAGCUAAAAUGAUGCACAACUGUUUAAAAUAGACAGAAUUUGUUGGACAGACUUAUUCUAAGAAACAUCUUUGGUCACAUUUGAAAAUCUUGGAUUGGAUUUUCCAGUUAAAACCGUCUUGCGUCCAUGUUUAUUCCAGUCUGAUUGAAGUGCGAUGCUGUUGGAGCCAGUGUGGUCUGUGUGGAUGCACUUUGUAAGACAUAACGUCAUGGAAUCUUUUAAUAUUCACCCUGAAACUAUGAAGGGGGUAAUGCUAUGAAUAGCUCCCUAACUGUCCCUUAAAUUAUGUGUUAUGUCACACAGAUAUCAUACAGACUGUUCUGCUGCACCAUGGUAAAAGUAACAGGGCAUAUUGAAAGUAACAAGGGCAAUAAAGAUUUGCUAUUUUGUGUGGAAAA